AUGGCAGUGCAGGUUCGUGAGUUUGUGGAGGCAACUUUGCAAGCUUUGUCACGUGAUCUCUAUAAAGGUGGAUUGCAGUAUCAUAUUCGGGUCGCCUGUCCGUAUUGUCAGCGGGAAAAAUACUCAAGCCACAAUCAGAUUGCGUGUUCUCAUGAAGAUUGUCUUCACCUCCUUGAGGUAAGACAAGGCGUUCAUCUGAUUUGCAAAAAGAAACCUACAGAUGAAGUACUCACAGUCAGAGGAAAGCAAAAAUGGUGCUCACAGACACCAAGUAAGGUAGGUAGCACUGAAAUCUCAUCUCUAUCAGUGCUGUUAGCAUGUUACAUAUAAAUGGAAAGUUAACGUAAAAUUCUGAAAAUAAGCCCUUCCAUGUUUAAGCCCCCUGCAAAUAAACAAACUCGUAACGCAAAACAACCUUCCAUUUAAUCGCCCCUCCGAAUAUAAGUCCCCCAGGGGCUUGUACUUGGAAAUUGCCCUCAAAUACAAAAUAAAACAAAUUAAAAACGGUACAGUAACACAUAAUGUUUUUAAUUUGCCAAAGAACUAUUCCUCGUGCCAAAUGAUUGCAAUCAAGAAGUGUCACAGUGUAUUGCUGUUUGCGCAGUUCACUAUUCACUCUUGGCUUGAACUCCUUCGAUCCAUAUAGCCAAAGUACUCGCAUGGCAGAGUUUUAGAAAGACCUAGGUCGCCAUGGCGAGUUUCAGUUAAACCUCUAGCCCAAUCGAUUUUAAGACGCAAAUGUCCCUCCCCUUUCCCUCCGUAUAAAAGCCCCUCAAAAAGGGCCUUUGAAAAACUAUCAGCCUGGGUGCUUAUUUUCGGACUUUUACGGCAUAUUAUUAUGCUGCUGAAAGGCUAGUCAUUUAUUUAUACUUAAAAAGCUUCAACAAAGUUUGUGUGUGUCAUUAUUAGGUUAUAAUAGUAUACAACGUAGGCCUUCAUUUAACCUACCACAAGCCCCUCGCUGGGUAAAAAGAAGCAAACAAUAGUACUUAAAAUCAAGUAAUUUGAUAAGGUCAGUUGGCUACCAUAUAUGACUCAAAAUUCUAUUCAAGUUAUUUUAGCACUUUGCCCGACAAAUGGCUAGCCUUGAACUGAGAAUCUCUUUACAGUGGCCAAUUAACAUCAUCAACUCUGUUGUUAAAUACCUACUGCAGCCAUAGCAGUGGGUAUUCAUAACCGUUUCUCAAGUCUUUCUUAACAAGCUGUUUGCUUUACAGUCAAACGAUAAGUUUAUAGCUUCUAACUGGAUGAUAACAUGUUUUGCAAACUUUCUUUCAAAGCGAUAAGCACCCCAGGUGUACGCUUUCUAUUUUAAAAUUUCCAGUUUUGGUUUCUGUACAGGACUUGUGUACUCCAUCAUCACCACCACCAUCAUCAUCGUCAUCAUCUGAUGCUGAACAAGGUCAUUCAGAACGGUUAAUAUUGAAAGUUACCCUCCUGGAGAACGAAUGGGGGUUGUCUAGAGGUGGCUUGUCCACAAUAAACAGAACUCUUGCCAUACAUUUGGCAAAAGACCCACACGUAGAAGUGACCAUUCUUGUACCUGAAUUUGAGUGUGGAGAAAAAGACAAGAGAGUUGCCAAAAGUUACAACAUUCCCAUUGUAGAAGCAGGGCAUCUUCCUGGCUUCAGUGAUCCUCUUGAUUGGUUGAUCGUUCCACCAGAGAACCUUGACAUUCAGGUUGUCAUCGGCCAUGGAGCAAAGCUUGGCAAACAAGCACAAAUGAUCAGAAAAUCUCAUCACUGCAAUUGGGUGCAGGUUGUUCACACUGAGCCUGAACAGCUGGCGAUGCAUAAGAACUAUCCAAGUGCCAUUGCCAAGGGAGAAGAGAAGAACACAGCUGAAGUUGAACUUUGUCAAAAUGAAGACCUCGUUGUAGCCGUUGGACCCAAGUUAAAAGAAGCUUUCUCGUGCAAGUUGCGUUUAUAUCAUCAAGAUAUCUGUCAACUAAUACCAGGUUCCUUUGCAGAGUUCUCAAAUAUUAAAAAUGCUGCACAUGAUGGUGUAAAUUUCAGAGUAUUGAGCUUCGGUCGCGGUGAUUUGGAAGACUUUAGUCUUAAAGGAUACGACAUUGCCGCUAAAUCCAUAGUUGAACUGAAGGACAGUUCCUAUAUUCUGAUGCAUAUCCUGUCGCUGAACUUGUGA